AUGGCGAGCGCGACCAAGUCGCAACCACAAAUGCCGACCUCGAAAGACGACAUUGACGGCACAUGGAACUUCCUGGAAUGGGGUGUCGAACGCCUCAUGUUCAGUCUCAGCGAUGGCCUGGACAUGAAGACAUAUAUGUCCCUUUACACGACGAUUCACAACUUCUGUACAGCCCAAAAGGCUGUGAGCGCACAAACGAACAAUCUGAACUCCAAUCAUCGAGGAGCGCACCUGCUAGGCGAGGACCUCUACCACCGGCUGAAUGACUAUCUACGGCGCCACUUGAAAGUCGUGCACGCCGAGAUGGUCAAGCACGCAGACGAAGCUUUGUUGACGUUCUACAUUAAAGAGUGGAAGCGUUACACACAGGCUGGCAUAUAUGACAACCACCUUUUCAAAUACCUCAAUCGUCACUGGGUCAAGCGCGAGAUGGAUGAGGGCAAAAAGGAUAUCUUUGAUAUCUACACGCUACAUCUUGUUCGCUGGAAAGAGGACAUGUUCGGAAGCACGCAAAAUGCAGUCAUGGACGCUGUCCUGCGGCUAGUGGAAAAGCAGCGGAAUGGUGAGACCAUCGAGCAAUCAAAGAUCAAGGAUGUGGUUCAGUCCUUCGUUUCACUCGGCAUCGACGAAUCAGACAGCACCAAGACUACGAUCGACGUCUACAAGCAGUUCUUUGAAGCGCCAUAUCUUCUUGCCACGUCUGCGUACUACGAGAGGGAGUCACAGCAGUUCCUGGCAGAGAAUUCAGUGGUGGACUACAUGAAGAAAGCAGAAAGGAGACUCGAGGAGGAGAAAGAGCGUGUGCCUUUGUUUCUGUUGAAUGAGAUCAUGGCGCCUUUGAUGAAGUGUUGUGAGACCGCACUGAUCGCCAAGCAUGCUGGAACGCUUCGCGACGAAUUCCAGAUUCUGCUCAAUAACGACAGAGAAGAGGACAUGGCUCGCAUGUAUAAAUUGCUGGCGCGUAUUCCUGAAGGUCUCGAACCACUUCGGAUUCGCUUCGAGAAUCACGUGCGACAAGCCGGUCUGCUGGCCGUGGAGAAGAUUGCUGAUCAGGGUGACAACCUCGAUCCGAAGGCAUACAUUGACGCAUUGCUCGAGGUGCACACUCAUUACUCUGCAUUGGUACAGACUGCGUUUACCGGCGAGUCCGAAUUUGUGCGCUCGCUAGACAAUGCUUGCCGGGAGUAUGUGAACCGCAACAAGGUGUGCGCCAAAAGCUCCAAUCGGUCGCCGGAGCUGUUAGCAAAGCACGCGGACAACGUUCUGAAGCGUUCAACCAAGGCCAAUGAGGAGGAUGACAUGGAGCUCAUGCUCAAUCAGGUCAUGACUAUCUUCAAGUACAUUGAGGACAAGGACGUCUUCCAAAAGUUCUAUUCCAAGACACUUGCCAAACGAUUGGUGAACGGUACAUCUGCGAGCCCAGAUGCAGAGACAUCCAUGAUCGCAAAGCUGAAAGACGCAUCCGGCUUCGAGUACACGAACAAAUUGCAGCGGAUGUUCCAAGACAUGCAAACAUCAAAAGACCUCAAUUCGGCCUAUGAGCUGUGGCGCGCGCAGAACAUUGAUGGCGAAGAUCGCAAGGAGGAAGUGGACGCCAAUUAUCAAAUCCUAGGGACUGGAUUUUGGCCUCUGCAGGCCCCCACUACUCGAUUCGCUCCCCCGGAAGUCAUCGUCAAAACCUACGAGCGAUUCUCAGCAUUUUACAACAACAAGCAUGGUGGUCGCAAGCUGACCUGGUUGUGGCAUUUAUGUAAAGGCGAAAUUCGCGCCAAUUACGUCAAAAUGAACAAGGUCCCUUAUACCUUCAUGGUGUCGACAUAUCAGAUGGCCAUUCUCCUUAUGUUCAAUGAAAAGGAUGUCGUCAGCUAUGACGAUAUGGUGAGCCUGACCUCCUUGUCAAGGGACACGCUCGAUCCAUCGAUCGGCAUCAUGCUGAAGGCAAAGGUGCUCAUCGCCAAUCCAGAAGGUGGUGCUCCGCAGCUUGGGACGACAUACAGUCUCAAUCACGGCUUCAGAAACAAAAAAAUCAAGGUCAACCUGAACAUUGCCAUCAAGGCUGAGCAAAAGCAGGAGGCCGAAGACACGCACAAAACCAUCGAAGAAGACCGCAAAAUGCUUAUGCAAUCUGCGAUCGUGCGCAUCAUGAAAUCACGCAAACAGGCUAAACAUGCACAGCUCGUAUCUGAAACCAUCGCCCAGAUCAAAAAUCGGUUCACACCCAAGGUCUCCGACAUCAAAAAGUGCAUUGACAUCCUCUUAGAGAAGGAGUAUCUUGAGCGCUUGGAGGGCGACGAGCUCGGCUAUCUUGCAUGA